ACUCCAAGGUCCCACUCGCAUUCUCUUCAUAAACCUUCAAAAUUCCUUCGUUUUCCCUCUAUCUCAAACACAAAUUAUCUCUAACUUCAUCCAUGGCGCCAUCACUUCUUCUAUGCACGCAGAUCGUACUAUUUCUGGUGUUAUUAUCACUCACACGCAUCUCACGCGCCGACGUACCGGUGUUGGAUGCCGCCAAGGAGCUUUCGUUGCAUCUCGCCACUGACGAACUUGACUGGCCGACAUCGUUGAUGCCUAUGUACGACGGUGUUGAUAUUGACGAGAUCGAAAUGGAAGACGAUGACGGAGAUGCCUCCACUACCGCCGCCGCUCGUAGAUCUCUGUUCUGGCGGAGGAUGGGAUAUUACAUUUCCUACGGCGCACUUUCUGCAAACAGAGUCCCCUGUCCGCCGCGCUCUGGCAGGUCGUACUAUACUCAUGAUUGUUGGAGAGCUAGAGGAGUUGUUCGUCCUUACACCAGAGGUUGCUCCACCAUCACACGUUGCCGCCGGUGAAAUCAACCGCCGUGAUUAUUAGAUAGUCCGGAGUCCCCGCAUUUGGACCUUCAUGGCCACAAGUUUAGUUUGGAUUUCGUAAUGGAAUCUCUUUUUGAUCAAGUUCUAGAAUAAGGUGAGUUGAUAUAUUGUUUUAUGUUAAUUCAGCUUGAAAAAGGAUGGUGUUAUAUGCAUAUCCAUAUUUAUGGCAGAAUUAGGUUAAAUUAUGCAUUGAAAAUGUAAAAAUUGAAUCUUGAAAUACAAGAUAUGAUACUCAUAAGCU